CUGUGAUUGUUUUUUCCGCAUUCAUUAUCAUCACUAUCUUUCGAAAGAGACACCAUUUCACCAAAUAUAGCGGUGGGUUAUUGAGUUCCGGAGUCACACGAGCCAAACUCUCUUGAGGUUCAACUCUAGGAUUUUUUUUGUCAUCACCAAUGAAAGUGACUUGGUGUAACUUCUCAUGAUAUUUUCCGAGGAGAAAGAACACCUCGAGAGAUGACUAUGUAGCCUCUAGGCAUAUAAGUUGGAGGUGAAAACGGAAGUUGUAAUUCACGCACUGUGCACUUCAUAACGCACCAAGAAGGGCCGUUCCGACACUCACAGUGAAUUUUAAUUGGCAGUGCAGCAAAAAGUCUCUGUGUAUAAUGGCAAAAACCCAAUUUUUGUGGAUGUUGACGCAGAGCUGAAGAUGUUGAAAAAAAAAAACAGAAGAUAAACAAUAAUUGUGUGCGCGGGAGGUAAAUAUUUGGAGAGAGAGAAAGGAUUGAGAGGAAUUCUUUCAGGGGUACAUGGAUCCGGCUUUGAGAAUAUAGCCCUACACCAUAAGCCCCGAAGAAAUAAAAUAUCUGAGGAGAAAGUUGCGUUAACGGCGAAUAUUGGGACAUUAUAUAUGAAUACCACACAAGAACAAUUGCUGGUAUUCUUCCCUGGCCAUUUGGAAGUGCAUGUCAGGAGGGAGAGCUUCAUGAAAAUUUCUUCCAUGAAAUUGCCUCUGAGCUCUGAGUGCCGAUUCAGCCGAUCGCGCACCUCCAAAGUAGUUGAGAAAGGUGCGAGAAGACUUUAGCUUGAGCACCAGCUCGAGCCGUUAAAGAAAGUGAUCUCUGCUAAAAUAAGUGCUCAGGAUAUUCUACUGGAAAUUAAAAAAAAAAAGUUGUGGGAUUGUGUGAAGUGAUUUCUUAAAGAAAAAAUACUUGAAGUUUGCAAAUGACGUGAAAAAAUGGUUAGCAGGUGACACAGAUUUCGGACUGCUCGAACCACUUUGGAUAAAAUCGUUAAUUUGUGUGGUGUUUCAAGUGCUAAGAAGUGGCUUAAACUCUCACAAAUUGCUUCACAAGACAGAUUAAGUGAGACAGAGCCGAAGGAGACAAUGGGAACAAACGGAAGGAAUUUUAAAUUCUUCAUCACAUAUUCACUUUUUGCCCUCCUUGUAUUACCAAAUUUAGCCAACGGACAAUCCUGCAGUUUUCCAGGAUCACCAGCUCACAGUCACGUCACAUUCUCAGAUGAGAGUCUGUCGAACGGUUGUGUGGCCUCAUACUCGUGUGAGCGAGGUUUUGAGCUUCUUGGACCUGCACGGCGUGUCUGCGACAAUGGAAAUUGGGUACCUGAAGGCAUUCCAUUCUGUGUUCUAAAUGUGGCAGCCGGCAAAGCCCCCAUGCAAAUUUCAACAGAUGGAUCGGGUAUUCCACAGAAGGCUAUCGAUGGUUCCACGUCGGCAUUCUUCCAGGCCGACACGUGUUCCCUCACGAAGCCUGAAAGAUUACCCUGGUGGUACGUGAAUCUCCUGGAGCCAUAUAUGGUUCAGCUGGUGCGUCUGGACUUUGGCAAAUCAUGCUGUGGUAACAACAAGCCCGCAACAAUUGUGGUUCGCGUGGGAAACAAUCGCCCAGAUCUUGGGACAAAUCCCAUUUGCAAUCGCUUCACAGGUGUCUUGGAGGAGGGUCAACCUCUAUUCUUGCCCUGCAAUCCCCCAAUGCCAGGCGCCUUUGUGUCAGUGCAUCUGGAAGUUGGUGCUCCCAGUGCUCUGUCCAUCUGCGAAGCAUUUGUCUACACAGAUCAGGCAUUGCCCAUUGAAAGGUGUCCUGUAUUUCGGGACCAACCACCGGGAGCGUCUGCUUCCUACAAUGGCAAAUGCUAUGUCUUCUACAAUCGUCAACCACUCAAUUUCCGCGAAGCUCUGGCAUUCUGUCGAGCACGUGGAGGUACUCUCAUCAAUGAGAGCAAUCCAGCUUUGCAGGGCUUUAUCAGUUGGGAAUUGUGGAGGCGGCACCGGAGUGACGCUUCUUCACAGUACUGGAUGGGUGCUCUUAGAGAUGCUAAGGACAGAAAUACUUGGAAGUGGCUGGGUGGAGAAGAAGUCACUGUGUCGUUCUGGAAUCUCCCAGGUGGCGACGAAGACUGUGCCAGAUACGACGGCUCUAAGGGAUGGCUUUGGAGCGACACAAAUUGCAAUACACCACUUAAUUUCAUCUGUCAGCAUCAACCUAAAGCUUGUGGUAGACCAGAACAGCCUCCCAACUCUACAAUGCUGGCAGUUAGAGGCUAUGAUGUUGGGGCUACUGUUGAGUAUGCAUGUGAUGAGGGACAUUUACUCGUGGGCCCAGCGAGUCGUACAUGCCUGGAAACUGGCUUCUACAACGAAUUUCCACCAGUUUGUAAAUAUAUUGAGUGUGGACUGCCCGCUUCCAUAGCUCAUGGAGCUUACGAGCUUAUCAAUGGCACUGUUGGAUACCUCAGUACAGUUGUGUAUCAAUGUGCUGAGGGCUUUGAGCUAGUCGGUAGAUCUGUCCUAACUUGCGAUAUCGAUGAACGCUGGAAUGGACCUCCACCGCGAUGUGAACGCAUUGAAUGUGAUGUUCUGCCAGCUACUCACCAAAAUGCCAAGUUCGUCGCUCUCAAUGGUACCUUCUAUGGAUCCAAGGCAGAUGUUGUCUGUCCAAGAGGAUAUCGUGUGGAAGGAGUUAAACAGCUAACAUGCCUGUCCAAUGGACAAUGGAGUCACCCAUUGCCAUCUUGUGUUCGCGAAGAGGUAAUUAUAACUACAUUGCCACCAACUACAAAUUAUCGCACGAGACAACCAUCAAGUUCAAGACGACCAUCGCGACCCUCGUCACGCUUUACGAGUACUGUGGCUCCUCCAACAGCCACACCCGCUGUCACCAUAAUCACGGAACGCAUACAAGAAGAGGACAAUGAAAUAGCAGUGCCUGGAACUGUAAGGGAAGAAACCAUACCCAGGCGAACUAUUCGUCCAAACAAUGGCCAUGCAGCUCCCGAAACUACCCCACCAGCUCCACCGAAAGUUAUCCCGUUGGAUAUAUCAACGACAAAGAAUCCUCAACUCAUCAUCAAUGCGGCCCAUCCACAAGAUAAUCAAAUUGCCGGCAGUGUAAAUAUCAGAAAUGAUCAAUCACCCAACGUAAAUGUGCCGCUACCUGUGGAGAAUGAUCAGAGAGAAACACAUAGUGCAAAGUUAAAUUUGGGAGCAAUUGUUGCACUUGGAGCCUUUGGUGGAUUUGUCUUCUUGGCGGCCGUUAUCACGACAAUUGUUAUUCUUGUACGGAGAAAUCGGACCACUCAGCAUUACAGGCAUCGAGCAUCACCUGAUUGUAAUACAGUCGCUUCCUUUGACUCCUCCAGUUCAGAAUCGAGAAAUGGCCUCAACAGAUACUACAGACAAGCCUGGGAGAAUCUGCAUGAGUCUGCCUCCAAGAAUGGCAAUCACAGUCCGCUGAGGCGGAAGGAGACACUCGAUCAGCAACAUAUAAGUCGUUCACGAGACAAUCUCAGUCGUUCUCGGGAUAAUCUUGAGCGUGUGACACGAGAUCUCGAUCGAGCUCGUGACUUUGGUCGAGACAGUCUCGGUCUGCGCGAUGGCUCUGAAAUGGUGGUGUCUGAUGUAUGUGUAAAGGGUGAAAAGAAGCGUCAUCACCAUCAUCAUCACAAGAGCAGUCAUCGUGGAGAAUUCCGGGAUCCACAUCUUGUGGCCAAUGGCAGACGCGAACACCGUCACAAUGGCGGAUACUGACCUACGAUGGUUAUCACCGUGAGUCUGGAUGAUGAGUGUAAACAACGCUGCGGACAAUGGAGGAUUCCCAUGUAGCCCCAGACACCAUUCCCCCAAAGUGCACAACUCCUUCAGCUCACACAAAGAUCAAAAUGUCGAAUUUUAAUAUAUAUAUAUAUAUA